UCGAACAUGAACAGUGGCUACGAUCUUUCUGCAAGCACAUAUUCCCCAGAUGGGAGGAUAUUCCAAGUAGAAUAUGCAAACAAGGCAGUAGAGAACUCAGGGACAGCAAUUGGUCUUAGAGUGAACGGUGGCAUUGUACUCGCUUUGGAGAAACUCGUACACUCGAAACUGCUGGUCCCAGGCUCAAAUAGACGCAUCCAAUCAGUCGAUCGACACAUUGGCAUGGCCACAGCUGGAUUAUUAGCGGAUGGUCGUCAUCUCGCUUCACGCGCAUUUGAUGAGGCAUUGAACUAUCGAGAAACCUAUCGUGCACCCACUACUCUCAAAGCCCUCGCCGAACGACUAGGACUGUAUGUCCAAGCUUAUACUCUGUACUCUUCCGUUAGACCGUUCGGCGUAAGCGCUGUGCUUGGUGCAAUCGAUAAGGAGGGUCCGCAAUUGUAUGUCGUUGAACCCAGCGGGAUAUAUCAUGGGUAUCAUGGGGCGGCCGUGGGGAAGGGGCGGCAAUUGGCCAAGACAGAGCUCGAAAAGUUAAAAUUAUCAGAAAUGACAAUCCGGGAAGCCGUUUUUGAAGCCGCACGAAUUAUUCAUCUCUGUCACGAUGAUAAUAAAGACAAGGAAUUCGAGCUGGAAUUAUCCUGGAUCGGCCCUGAAACAAAUGGGUUGCACCUUCCUGUACCAAAAGACCUGUAUGAAGAGGCGGAUAAGAGAGGGCGGGAUGCCUUGGAUGCUGACAUGGAGGAUUGACACUGGAAUCCAUUGAUGCCGACUGCCGAGUAGGCGACUGUUUCAUAAUGAUCAUUCCAUUUUUCUUCAGAGCUUGUUGUUCAGUGUGAACACUGAGAACCGUCGAUAUUGGCGAUGGCAAGCCUCGUUUGUCCCAGAUCCCGGUUCCACACUUGCACUUGGAGCGGAACCCUGCACGUGCACUUCUCCAUGCUAUGUAAUUAUGUUUACUCAGUUAGAGUGCUAGUUGAAUCAUUUUGGAGAUCCAUAAUUUUUUACAAGACGAUAGCUGGAUAGACUGCAAAGAAAGCGGAGAUGGGGCCGGCGUUCCAUCGUAGUUUGUUGCUACCGAUGACCUCUAACUAUCUCUGCAGACCCAUUCUACCUACUUCCCUCAAGUCUCUCAUUAACUCACGGUGGUUAACGAUGCAGGCUACAAAGGAUGAUCCUAGCGAAG